UUUUUUUUUAUUUUUUUUCACUUGGCACCAUUAACAAUUUAUUUUUUCCUAUUCGUUCUUGCUCGUUGAAAAUCUGAAACCCCCGAUACGGAAAAUCUAGGGUUUCUUCUGCAAUGCUGUGAAAGCGAGGGCUUCCUGUGGCCAGGAGUCUGGGUUAUUUUAUCUUAUUGAAUUCCAUAUAUCAUCACUCAUUUCCUAUCCAUGCCAAUGGGGAAGCUUAUUGUCGUAUGUCAGUCACGUGGAAAGUUCAACACAGCUAGCGAUGGUUCCUUAUCAUACACUGGUGGAGAGGCUCACGCUAUUAGUGUAAGCCGUGAAAGUAAAUUCGAUGAAUUGAAAUCAGAGAUGGCAGAAAUGUGGAAUUAUGAUCCCAAUUCGCUGACCAUCAAAUACUUCCUACCCAAUAACAAGCAGACUCUCAUCACUAUAUCCAGUGACAAAGACAUACAACGCAUGAUUGAUUUCCAUGAAGAGUCCAAAACUGUAGAUGUUUAUGUCUUGACAAAUGAGAUCUUGGCAAGUGAGGCCUCAGCUAUGCCUUGCAGUAGUUUCCAAGCUUUGAGAUUCUAUUGUAAGAAUGAAGAUGGCCAUGUGUAUACAUGUCAAAAUUCAUAUGGCACUCAGCCUUAUAUUGUCCAGUGGUAAUACUAUGGUUGAACCUGUCACCCCCCUCAAUGUUACUCCCGUUGCUUCUAUUGGUGGGGAUAUGGACCAGCCCAAUCCUGUGGCUAUUGAAAUCAAGGAUGCUGGGCAUCAUAAACUUUUUAAAUCAUGGGCCAAUUGCAUAACUGGUCUGCACCAGCAAUUUAACAAUGUUCAGGAAUUACGUGAUGCCUUGCGUAGGUAUUCAAUUGCUCAUGGAUUCAAAUGCAAGUUUAAGCACAACGACGCUACCCGUGUAAGUGCCAAGUGUAAAGCUGAAGGUUGCCCCUGGAGAAUUCAUGCAUCGAAGUUGUCUACCACUCCAUUAUUCCGAAUUAAAAAGUUGAAUGAAAUACAUACAUGUGGAGCUGGUACUGGUAGGCUUAAUCGUCCUCAAGCCUCAAGGAAAUUGGUUGCAACUAUUGUCAAGGAAAAGUUAAAGGAUUCACCAAAUUUCAGACCUAAGGAAAUCGCCAAUCAAAUUCGUCAGGAAUUUGGAAUUGAAUUGAGGUAUUCACAGGCAUGGCGUGGGAUGGAGACUGCUAGAGAGGAGCUUCAGGGUUCAUACAAAGAGGCAUACAAUCAGCUACCUUGGUUAUGUGAGAAGAUAGUGGAAACAAAUCCUGGUAGUGUUGCUACUCUCAUCACAAGGGAGGACCAAAGUUUCCAUCGGUUGUUUGUUGCCUUGCAUGCCUCGAUAUAUGGUUUUCAGAAUGGCUGUCGCCCCUUACUUUUUCUCGAUUCUGUGACACUGAAAUCAAAAUAUCAGUCGGAACUGUUGACUGCAACAGCAUUGGAUGGGAAUGAUGGCAUUUUUCCUGUGGCUUUUGCUGUUGUAGAUAUUGUAAAUGAUGAUAAUUGGCAUUGGUUUUUGGUACAAUUGAAAUCUGCACUUUCCUCUUUCCAACCAAUAACAUUUGUUGGAGACAGACAGAUGGGGUUAAGACAGUCUAUUGUAACGGUAUUCCAGGAUUCUUUCCAUAGUUUUUGCCUUCAUAAUCUAUCGCAGGAGCUAAAAGAUGACCUCAAGGGCCCACAUACUGAAGAAGUUGCCAGUGUCAUUGUUUCUCAUCUUUAUGAUGCUGCCCAGGCAGCCACACUUGAUGGAUUCAGAAAGUGCAUUGAUAGCAUUAAAAGCAUCUCGCCUGAAGCUUUUGAAUGGAUUUUGCAAAGUGAACCUGAACAUUGGGCAAAUUCACUUUUUGAAGGUUCACGGUACCACUAUUUCACAUCAAGCAUUGGUCAAUCAUUUUAUAGUUGGGUAAAUAAUCUCCCAGUAUUACCGGUAGUACAGAUUGUUGAUACCAUUCGCCAAAAGUUGAUGGAGUUGAUUUACACCCGAAAGGCGGAAUCAGAUAGGUGGUCUACGAGACUGACUCCAUCUAUGGAAGAUAAAUUGCAGAAGGAAAUUCUCAAGGCACAGUCACUUCAAGUUUCGGUUCAGGUUGCAUUGUCACCUGGCUCCACUUUUGAAGUACAUGAUUGUUUGGGCGAAAUCAAUGUUGUUAACAUUGAUGCAUGCAGUUGUAGUUGCAGGACGUGGCAGCUUAAUGGUUUCCCGUGUUAUCAUGCUGUGGUUGUUCUUCAACAUUUCAAUAGGAACCUGUAUGAUUACUGCUCCAGAUAUUAUACAACUGAAUCUUUCCAAUUGACAUAUUCAGAGCCUAUAAAUCCAGUUCCAACAACUGAUAAGCCCGUAUACAAAGAAUCCUCUCCGGUCCUGGUACACCCUCCUCCUCUUCGUCGACUAGCUGGCCCACCAAAGCAAAGGAGAAUCAGAUCAAAAGGAGUGAUAAAAAGACCACUACAUUGCAGCAAAUGCAAAGGAGCAGGCCAUAACAGAGCAACAUGUCAUGUGUACUCAUAGAAGCGUAAUGUUUCUUAGAACUGUGAAUUAAUUGUACAGGUCCUUGGGUAGAUCGGUAUUUUAUUGGAGGAUAGGGAUGGGAUAGAUGGACAGCUAAGCUGUAGUCCGUCCCUUUUGUUGCAACCGUCAAUAUCUAGUAGUAUUAGUAGGCAUGAUCUACUCAGUUUUUUUAGGUUUACAUGUUUUGUUGUCUUGAGGAUAUCAGCAACUGUUCAUUUAUUACAUCGUUCUUGUUCGCUAGUUUUUGACAUU